UCUGAGGAAGACCGGAAGAAUAUUCUCAGGCUCCAGGACCUGGUGGACAAGCUGCAAAUGAAGGUGAAAUCCUACAAGAGGCAAUCUGAAGAGGCUGAGAAUCUGUCCAAUGUCAACCUCUCCAAGUUCCGCAAGAUCCAGCACGAGCUGGAGGAAGCCGAGGAGCGGGCUGACAUUGCAGAGUCACAGGUCAACAAGCUCCGAGCAAAGAGCCGGGAGUUUCAUAGGAAGAUAGAAGAGGAAGAGUGA